CGGCCCUCACGUCCAAUAAGAAGAGCCCCAGCUUGACACCUGCCUAUAUACAGGCGAGCGCGCCCCCGGCCCGCCGACCGCGCGCACAGCCCGCACAGCCCACGCCGCGGGCGAGCGAGACCUCGGCCCGCCACCAUGACUUCCAGUAAGAUCGAGAUGCCCGGCGAGGUGAAGGCCGACCCCGCCGCCCUCAUGGCGUCCCUGCACCUCUUGCCGUCGCCCACGCCCAACCUCGAAAUCAAGUACACCAAGAUUUUUAUUAACAACGAGUGGCAGAACUCAGAGAGCGGGAGAGUGUUCCCUGUCUAUAAUCCAGCCACAGGAGAGCAGGUGUGUGAAGUUCAAGAAGCAGACAAGGCAGAUAUAGACAAAGCAGUGCAGGCAGCCCGCCUGGCUUUCUCUCUUGGUUCAGUGUGGAGAAGGAUGGAUGCUUCAGAAAGAGGCCGUCUGUUGGAUAAGCUUGCAGACUUGGUGGAGCGAGACAGGGCAGUUCUUGCAACCAUGGAAUCCCUAAAUGGUGGCAAACCGUUCUUGCAAGCUUUUUACGUGGAUUUGCAGGGGGUCAUCAAAACUCUUCGGUACUACGCAGGCUGGGCUGAUAAAAUUCACGGGAUGACCAUUCCUGUAGAUGGAGAUUAUUUUACUUUUACAAGACACGAACCCAUAGGAGUGUGUGGACAGAUCAUCCCGUGGAACUUCCCCCUGCUGAUGUUUGCUUGGAAAAUUGCUCCAGCUCUUUGCUGUGGCAAUACAGUAGUUAUUAAACCAGCAGAACAAACACCACUCAGUGCGCUCUACAUGGGAGCCCUCAUCAAGGAGGCUGGCUUUCCGCCGGGAGUCAUCAAUAUUUUGCCAGGAUACGGGCCAACGGCUGGGGCGGCAAUAGCUUCUCACAUUGGCAUAGACAAGAUUGCAUUCACAGGGUCAACUGAGGUUGGAAAGCUUAUCCAAGAAGCAGCUGGAAGAAGUAACUUGAAGAGAGUAACUCUGGAACUUGGAGGGAAAAGCCCCAAUAUUAUUUUUGCCGAUGCUGAUUUGGACUAUGCUGUGGAGCAGGCUCACCAGGGGGUGUUCUUCAACCAAGGCCAGUGCUGCACCGCGGGGUCUCGCAUCUUUGUGGAGGAGUCCAUCUAUGAGGAGUUUGUGAGAAGAAGUGUGGAGCGGGCCAAGAGGCGCAUAGUGGGGAGUCCCUUUGAUCCCACCACUGAGCAGGGACCCCAGAUUGACAAGAAACAGUACAACAAGAUCCUGGAACUCAUCCAGAGUGGUGUGGCAGAGGGUGCCAAGCUGGAAUGUGGAGGCAAAGGACUGGGCCGAAAGGGAUUCUUCAUAGAGCCCACGGUGUUUUCCAAUGUCACCGAUGAUAUGCGGAUUGCCAAGGAGGAGAUCUUUGGCCCCGUUCAGGAGAUUCUGAGGUUUAAGACAAUGGAUGAAGUGAUCGAAAGAGCCAAUAACUCAGACUUUGGACUUGUGGCAGCUGUCUUCACUAAUGACAUCAACAAGGCCCUCACGGUGUCUUCUGCAAUGCAGGCGGGGACUGUUUGGAUCAAUUGUUACAAUGCCUUAAAUGCCCAGAGCCCCUUUGGGGGAUUCAAGAUGUCUGGAAAUGGGAGAGAAAUGUGGCAGUGCUGCACCCUUCUGUGCAAUGUUGUGGAGACAAUCAGUCUUUGCCGUCAAGAAACGGUUACUGCUCGGGAUAUGACAGCUCUCUGUGCUCCUCAGAGGAGAGCUGGGCUGUCCACUCAUCAGACAUUUCUACAUGGAAACCCAGGGCCUGCUGUUAGCAGGGGGGAGUUUGGCUUGCGAGAGUACUCGGAGGUGAAGACGGUGACAGUAAAGAUCCCUCAGAAGAACUCCUAAGAAGGCCAAGGGGGAAGGUGGAGGCCAUCCCGCAGGACUCUCCCUCUCUGCUCUCCCUGGGGGGCCCAGCUCUCAGGAAUCCAAAGUCCGUACUUGGUCCUUAUUUAAAGUGAAAUAAUGACACGUAGGCCAGACCAGUCAGUGGGUAAUGAAAGCAGACCAUGUGGGCACCAUUUCCUGGCACUCUGUAAGGGUUCACCUGAAUAAUACCAAAUACUGGGGAAAGGGGACGGAGAGCAGAGGAGUAGCUGUCAGGGACUUCGAUCUCUCCAGAGGGAUGGGCUGGCGCCUUUUGUCACAAAGAACUUUCCUCCUGAGGGAAGGUUGUCCUUCCAUUGUCUUCAUUUUCCCCUUUCCAGCCUCUCUGCUCACCCAUCCCUCCCACUCCUCCAAGGAGAUCUCAGCUGAGCUCAUUUGGGGCAGAUGUUUGGGCCGGGAACAAUUUUCCAAGGUUUUGCAGCCAAAUUACCAUUUCAUGUUAUCCACUUCUUCAAAGCAAAACAUGAAAUGGUUUUAGUUAGAGCCAGACCAGACUGAAAAUGCCAGGAGCUGGUACACUGCAGAUGUACCAAGAAGCAAGAACUGGGGACGUUCCUGACCCAGUCUGGCUUUCUUACAUCCAUAAAUAACACGAGCAAAAGAGCAGGAAGAUGGAGAUCUGGAGAUCAUCCUAUGUAGUUCACAACUUCUGAUCUGGCUGCUUGGCUUUGGGGCGUGUGGGUGCGCGUGUGUUUACUUCCUUCUGGGUGAUUCUGGAAUAAGGUGGGGGCAGGGGGGGUUGUUUUUCAUAGAUUGAUAAGAUCUUUUUCCAAAGCUUAUCUUAACAACCCAGAAACGAAUGGCUGGGCUCAAGAAUUUGGUAAAAGGUAAUGCUGGGGGCCUUGCAGAAAUAAUUUCAUUUUCAGUACUGGCUGACAAUUCUUACUAAGUGAAUUAUCUCUGCAGUUGGACUCUUCAGCCUCUGUCCCCCGCCCCCCAUUGCCCCAGCACUGCUACUCCCAGUGCUCUGGCUGUCACUUUGGCCUAUCGUGCCCUAAAUCCACUGGCAGUAACCCUGGAGAACCUGAGCAAGCCUGCAGAUUCCGUGUCACUCGCAGACUUGCAGCGUGCCACGAUUGCCACGCUCCACCAGACCUCCGCCGACUCGUCCAGCGGCUCGUCCACGUCCACGCGGCAUUUUCCCUCCCAGCCUCCCCAGGAGCCUCCCGAGGGGGAGACACCAAGCGGUGCCCCUCCCUCCCCUCCAGUCACACCCUCCUCUCCUGCUUUCCAACGCAUCCACCACAUCCACCGGUUGAUGGACAGCAUCACCUUCCUUUCCUCCUUCCGCUUUCCUGGCUGCCGAAGUCAGUCCGGUCUGUAACGUAGAUGGAGAUCAUUUAUUUAAAAGUACCAAACAUAGCCUAGAGUACAUGGAAUAUGGCCAACACAUAUAUAGCCUUCUGUAUUUAAUGGGUUUCUGCUUUCUAACCAUCCCGGGUUUCUAUUUAUAAGUCUUGUCUAUUCAUGAUGUUUAAAAGAAAUCCCUCCUCGCUGUUAUUUACGAACGGCAGUGCAUUCAGUGGCCCGAUACCUUGAGAGACGCCACAUAUCUGAGCCCUUCCAUGUGACUGUCAUGCUCUCCUUAUAGCUUGUGUCCAAGUGAACAUAUCCAUUAACCAGCUAGUUACCUUUCAACUGCAGUAUAGAAUGUGAAAAUGAAGAUUUAUUUCUUUUAAUUUACUUAAAAAGAAACCUCUGUGCUAGCAAUAAAGCAUUUAUAUUGUGUA